CCUGGCCACAUUGCGACCGUACAUUUUUUUGUGUGUUUCGUGAAAAGAGCCGGAAAGCAGUUCGAAAAAUGAUGUGGAAGGCUCUACUAAUUGCCGUCCUGGCAUUUACCCACUGCCAGGCGGUCCUGGAAACGGAUGCUAACACCUUGGUUCUACUGGACAACCUGGCCAUCCGUGAAACCCACUCGAUUUUCUUCAAAUCGUUGCAAGAUCGUGGUUUCAAAUUGACAUACAAGUUGGCGGAUGACUCCAGUCUGCUGCUUUCGCGGUAUGGCGAGUAUCUGUACAAGAACGUGAUCAUCUUUGCCCCAAGUGUCGAGGAAUUCGGCGGAGACAUCAGCGUGGAAAGACUGGCUCAGUUUGUGGACGAUGGCGGUAAUGUUCUGGUGGCGGGUAGCGAGAAAUCCGGCGAUGCUCUGCGUGAAUUCGCCUCCGAAUGUGGCUUCGAACUGGACGAGGAGAACGCGGCGGUGAUUGACCAUCUGAAUUAUGAUGCCAGCGAUGCUGGAGACCACACCACCAUUCUUACUUCAGCCAAGAACCUUAUCCAGGCGGACACCAUAGUGGGCAAAGCAAACAGGAAAUCGGAUGCAGCUCCUCUGAUUUAUCGCGGCACUGGUCUUAUUGCCGACAAAGAGAAUCCAUUAGUCCUGAAAGUUCUCACUGCCGAAAGCAGCGCCUACAGCUACAACCCCGAUUCCAGUGUCACAGAUUAUCCACAUGCCGUGGGCCGCGGUACCCUGCUGAUUGCUGCCCUUCAGGCAAGGAACAACGCCCGUGUGGUCUUCUCCGGUUCACUGGUCUUCUUUUCCGACGAGAGCUUCACCACGGCGGUGCAGUACGCACAGAGUGGUGUCUUCCACAAGCAGGCCGGAAAUCGGGCUGUAGCCGAGUCCAUCAGCCAGUGGGUGUUUGGUGAAACCGGACGUCUUCGCGUCGGCUCCGUGCAGCACAACAAGGAAGGUGAACGCUUGCCACCUGAGCAGGCCUACACCAUCACCGAUCCCGUCGUCUACACCAUCGCCAUUGAGGAGCUAGUGGAUGGACAGUGGCGUGCCUUCAAAGCCAACGAUAUUCAGCUGGAGUUCGUCCGCAUCGAUCCUUUCGUGCGCACCUAUCUGAAGCAAACAAAGACCGGAGCCUACGAAGCCAAGUUUAAGAUCCCCGACGUCUAUGGAGUGUACCAAUUCAAGGUGGACUACGAUCGUGUUGGCUACACGCAUCUGUACAGUACUACCCAGGUGUCAGUGCGUCCCUUGGAGCACACCCAGUAUGAGCGAUUCAUUCCAAGCGCUUUUCCCUACUACACCAGCGCCUUCUCGAUGAUGAUCGGGGUGUUUGUUUUCUCCUUCGUUUUCCUGCACUUCAAGGACGAGCCCACUGGCAAGAGCUCCAAGGACGAUAAGAAGACGCAGUAGUUAUAGAGUUGCAUUUAUUAAAGUAAAUUGUGGUUCACAAAUCAUAAAAUUGUAAUCAUUUUCCAAAAUGAGUCAAUAAUCACUGAAUCAAUAAAUACGAUUGAGUCUUA